AUGCUGCAAUCAGCAGCAGCUGCGCCAGCAGCAUCUGCAGCAGCAGCAGCUGCUGCAGCUGCUGUUGCUGCUGCACACCGCCUCCCGUUUCGCCGGGGAUGGAAUGCACUCAGUUACAGCAGCAGCAGCAACAACAGCAGCAGCUGCUGCAGCAGCUGCUGCUGCACCAAGGGCAUCUGGCGCAGCAACAAUCGCAGCCUUCUCCCGGUGGAGUACCCAGACUCCCCGCGCAGCAGCAACGGCAGCAGCAGCAGCAGCAACAACAGCAGCGACAAGAUCAACACCUUACAACAGCAGCGGGCGUACUUCUUCCUCAGAAGCAGCAGCAGCAGCAGCGGCAGCGUCAUCAGUAGCAGCAGCACCAGCAAGUUGAACACUUUGCAGCAACGGCGGGUUCGCUUCUUCAGCAGCAGCAGCAGCAGCAGCAGCAGCAGCAGCAGCAGCAGCGCCAUAGGCCACCGCCCCUGGAGUCAUAUGGGCCGCAGCAGCAACCGCAGCCGUUGGGUGUCUCGGGUUGAUGGUUUAAUUCGGAAGGGGCAGCAAAAAGCAGAAGCUCUUGCUGCAGUUUCUGAUGAAGGGUUUGCUGCUGCAGGUCCUGCUGCUGCUGCUGCUGCUUCAUUUGCUGCUGCUGCUGCAGCAGAACUAGAAGGAGGCCGCACAUUCCCCAGCGACUGUGUGCACCCUGACCUAAAGAAAAUUACUCCAGCUUGGAAUAGCAGGCGUUGCGGUGUCUUGGGAUAUAAGGUAGGAAUGAUGUCCCUUUGGAAUGGCUGGGGCGAACGAGAAGCUGGUAUCGAUCGCCUGCGAGAACACCUCGUCCUCAUUUGGGUGUCUGCUUGUCUAUGGGCAUCGAGCCAAAGGCACACACUGCAGAGUUUAAGCAAAAGGCUAUCAAGGACCCAUGAAGAAAUGGGGGUUCAAAGGUAUGCUGCUGCUGCUGCUGCUGCUGCUGCUGCUGAUGCUGGUGCUACUGUUGAUGCUGGUGCUGUUGCUGUUACUGCUGAUGAUGAUGCUGCUGGUGCUGCUGUUGAUGCUGAUGCUGUUGAUGCUGGUGCUGGUGCUGUUGCUGUUGCUGCUGAUGAUGAUGCUGCUGGUGCUGCUGUUGAUGCUGAUGCUGGUGCUGGUGCUGCUGAAGAUGCUGAUACUGCUGCUGCUGUUGAUGCUGCUGCUGGUGCUGUUGAUGCUGUUACUGCUGUUGAUGCUAUUGAUGCUGCUGUGGCUGUUGGUGUUAUUGAUGCUGCUAUUGCUGUUGGUGCUGUUGCUUCUGAUGAUGCUGUUGCUGCUGCUACUGUUGCUGCUGAUGAUGCUGUUGCAACUACUGUUGCUGCUGAUGAUGAUGCUACUACUGCUGCUGCUUCUGCUGCUGAUGUUGUGUUUUCAACUGUAUCCUGCUGCCUCUACCGCUGCUUCUACCCACCCGUUUCACCUGCUGCUCCUUCUGCUGCACCUUCUGCUGCUGCACCCUCUGCUGCACCUUCUGCUGCACCUUCUGCUGGUGCUGCUGUUGCUGCUGCUGCAGGACAAAACGCUAGCCACGGAACAGAGAGUAAAGCUCAUCGGUCUCACGGAAGCAUUGGACAAAGUAAAACCGUAAAUGUCGUUUGGAAAUUCAAAAAGAUGUCGGGACACCUGGGCCCCGACCCGAGAGUUGUGAACUGUCAGGUGUUAAGAAUUCAAACCGAUAGAAAUCUUGUCUUUUUAAAAGGGUGUGUGCCUGGGGGUGUGGGGUCUCUGCUGAAGAUCAGCGACGCUCGAGGCAAAACGCAUCAUCAGCGCAAUCGCCAUUUGCUGCUGCCUUUUCCUACAUUUGUUCCCGAUGCUAAUAAAGAAUAUCCUUAUCUUUUAAACAAACCUGAGGCAAAGGAAGACCCCUUCGCUUACCCAGAAAUACCCAUUCAUGAUAAAGACGAGAACUGA